CGCAGUGUUUACCGAAAGUUGGGGGUAGUUGAUGAAGAGGGAAGGAGAAGUAGGCUGUAAUGAUAGUAAUUGAGGUAGAAUUCUAACAGGGUUGUUCAGAUGUGUUUGUUGUAAUAAAAUUUAGAAAGAGAAGCAAUGCAGCUGAAGAGAUUUGUUAUGUGCAGGUAACUUUGGUUUCCGGUGAUUGCUGUUGAUAAAUUCACACAAGCAGAAUCAGGCAUGGCUUCCGAGACAGACUCCAAUCCAAUAUGGUGUUGUUUGCCCAAGAAAAUGGUUCUUCAUAUUAUGGAUGCUACUUUCAUGACGUUGUUGCUAGUUGUUCAGGGUACUAUCCUAAAUUACUACUUAAUCAGACAGUAUAGUAACACCGUGUUCGCAUAUUUUUGGUUUCUUGCCGAUUUUGUCUGCCUGUUUGCUUUCCUUGGUACCCUCACAAUUGCUUAUCAGUACCUAACAGCAAGUGAAGAUGUUUCCAUUCAAGACAGAGUGUAUCGAUAUUCACCAAAGCAGGUGUUUGGAAGCAAGUUUCCCACAUCAAAACUUGGUGUAUUACCACUGAGUUAUGUUUCAUGGUUAUUUUACACAGGGAUUCUUCUUUCUAAAGUAAUGAUGAUAUUCAAGUCUGAUAUUCCAGAUAAACUUAUUAAUCAAGAGGUGUUUGGUCCACAGCUUCUUCAAGUAACAAUUGCAACAUCUGGGAUUAUUUUCCUUUUGUUAGUGGAAGGUCACAACUGGGCACCACGUGACAGCCCUCGUUACACUUAUGUAACAUCAUUGUGUGCCAAGACAGGAAUUGAGAUUCUUGACACUGUGAAUCUUCUGGCAUUACUACUAGUAAAUGAAACCCAGAUGAUCCUAACAUUUACACUGGAAAAUGCAGUACUUAUUCUUUGCUCCUUCAACUUCAUUCUUCCAACUCUUGCAGUUUACAAACUUAGUUUAUCUGAUUUAAUAUCUGAACGCUUGUCUUUACCAUUGAAAAUUGUGUACAAUCUUCUUCAUUUAUGUCUAAUUGAUAUUCCAUAUCUUGCAGUACGGCUUUAUCUUUGGUUCUAUUAUGGAAAUAAUGCAUCUAUCUUUCUCAUGAAGAAUGUGUUUGGCAUUGUGUUUGUGCUGCGAGGGAUUUAUCCAGACUUUGAGGAACUAGUUAGAAGACACUGUUCUUUUGAGGAACCUCAUCGAACUGGCAGUAAUGGUUAUUUGCCUGGCACAACCUCAGAUGAUCAUAUAGAAAUGGAGACUCUCAAUCCAAAGUCAACAACACCGCCAGAGAAUAAAAGGGAACAUUCUAAGAAUGUCUAAAAAACUGACUUGAAACCUUCAUAAUGAUUACAUAAGCAUAUGAACAAUAUCUAAAGCAGUGGUUCUCAAACUUUUUGACAUAAUCCCUCUGCCAUGGUUUUCACAAAACCAUAAUGCCCUCACCAGUAUUUUUAUUGAGAUAAGUGUAACCCUUUCCAUUCAUAAUUCAUAUUAGUUUUUGUGAUUAACUAACCUAUAAUUAAUACCACAGAAAAAGUGCGAGAAAAAAAUUAAAAUUUCUGGAAAUGAAAUUUUUGGCCUUCUUUUAUUUGGUGACAAAUGCCAAUUAAUGGAAAAGUAAUUGUUGCAAUUUUUUAUUUCUGAUUAACAGUUCUGAAGUGUGGGUAUGAAUGAGAUGGUAAACGGCAGCUAAGAAGAAUUUAUUUCACCAGAAUUUUACAUUAUAAAUUGUUCUUCUCUUGGCUUCAUGCUCCCUAGGUUGGGAACCACUGGUCCAAAGGAUGAGUUUUAUCUCUUGGAGCCAUAUUACCUAUAAAUGUGUACUAAGUUCUUCCAUUCAUUACGUGUAUUGUAGCUUUGUUGUAAUGGCAGUAAGUUUUGUAAUCUUUUCUGAUUUAAAACUGAAGAAAUAAGACUAUUUCUAUUGCUUCCAUUAAAGGUGUGAUAUUAUGACAAAUUAAAUAUAAGUAAAGGAGGUUGGGUGGAGAAGAUGAAUAAGGUGCCACAGACAUGAUUUUCUCAUCAUAACAUAUCUGUUGGUUUUCUUUUGUUGCCUAUACUCUUUCUGUUUUACCUAAUGCAAUUAAUAUUAAAGGUAAAAAAAAGGGUGAAGUUGUCCCUGUGCUCAACUAAUUAAGCACUACGCUAUGAUGAUGUAUGGGGGAGUGGAUGUGUAGAUCCACAAAUGUAAUUCAUACUAACUACAUAAAUUGUAGCAUUCUGUCAUUUCAGACCAGUAUUUUCAGCGCAUAGGCUUGUAUAAUUAUACUGUAGUUGAUCUGGAAGAACUUCAUGCCAAAUGAAUUUUUAUAUGAAUUUUUUUAUGUAUUAAUAUUGUUAGUUGAUUAACAUGAAUAGAGUACAUGGAUGUGAAUUGGGCCACUUGAAAGUAAACUGUUUUAAUUUGUGCUAAUGAGUACCAAAUGCGGUCAUAGUGACAUCAACAAAGACUUGAGACUUUGUAGCUGUAAUAUAAUGUAUUAGAUAAUGUUUGAGAAAGAUGUACUAACUGUUAACAUUUUUUUAAAACAAGUCUGAAAUGCGGUGAAUUGGAUUUAAGUUUGGGUGAAAAGGAUCAUUGAAAUUUGCAGCAUAUGCAUAAUAAGUCUCAAGAAAAACAACUUCAUGGAUUUAUUUAAAGUAAGUGAUGUUUAAUUUGAGAGAAGGUAUCUUACUGACACAAAAGACUUUCCUCUUCAUACAUAACACAUGACUUUAUCCUAAAACAAUAUAACUACAUAACACGCGACAACCAUCUUGCCACACCAGAAACUGCACAGCUUUCUGGGAUACAAAAAGACAAGGAGACUACAGUUCAGUGAGUCAGUUCCACAACCAAAAGGAAUAUAUAAUAGUGAUUGUGGAAUGUUAGAAUUGCUAUACAACACCCUUCCUCAAUUGUUCAUUCCACCAAUAACUUUGAGAUCACACCAAACAUAACACAGACUUAAUUACUCAAAUAAAGAUUACAACUAAUCAACUUCAAUCAUUCCUAUUUUAUUCUUUAGUUUUUAAAACCUAAUGAGUUGUAAUGGUUUGGUGAACAAGUCAGCCUCUUGAUUUUCCGAAUUUAUAUAGUUAACUACUAUAAAUCCUUGUUCAACCCAGUACCUUAUACACUUAUACCUAAUGUCCAUAUGAUGUAACCUUUUUUUGACCCCAUUCACCAGUAACCAGUACUGACUCCACAGUCAGUAUCUGUUGUCAGCAUAUCCUAACAGUACACAUUUCUUGCUUCUACUAUCAAACUUACAAUUUACCUGUAUCUUAGGUUUGCAUACAUAAGCCAUGCACCCAAAUACUCAUUGUUUCUUAUAUUUUGGUUUUAUACCAUACCACCUUUCUGCAGGCACAGUAUUAUCUGGUAAGGCCCAUGUCAGACAUCUGUUAAUUAAGUAUACAGCUGUCAAAACAGUUUCUACCCAAAAAUGUUAUGGCAAAUUUUAAUCUAACAACAUACACUGUGCCUUAUCUAAUAUUGUUCUGUUUAGUCUGUCUGCCACCCCAUUUUGUUCAGGUGUGUAGGAAAUGGUCAACUCAUACACUUCCUUUGCUCCUAAAAUAAUCCUUGAUUUCCUCUGACAAAUAUUCUUUUCCAUUGUCACAUCUGAAUGAACAAAUUCUAGUUCCAAAUCUAGCUGUUGCCGUUUCCACAUAUAAUUUGAUAUACUGCAAAACAUCUGCUAUUGAUUUCAUUGGAAAUGCUACAGAAAAAUGUGUAUAGUCCUCUAGUAGGGUGAGAAUAUAUCUAUUUCCAUUAUAAGACACAGGGUCUGUUGGACCUGCUACAUUACUGUGAAUCCUUUCAAGGAGUCUACUAGCUUUAACUUUAGUCUGGUUAUGAGACGCUCAAGUUUGUUUACCACUAACGCAUAUUUCAGUUUCAUCAUUGUUCACAUUCAUUCCAUCAACAAAUCUAGAUAACUGCAUCAGUUGAUCGUGUCCUACAUGUCCCAUUCUUAAAUGCUAUAUUUUACUGUUGUUUACAUUAACAGCAGAGUAAGCCUCACAUUCAUCUACUUCCUUUAUAGUCAUACUCAGUUUAUACAAAUUUCCAUCUCGGUCUGCAGUUCCAACAACUGUAUUAUUUUUUAUUUUCUCUUCUUUACCAUUUUCUAUAUUUCUAACGAAACCCAUCCUGUCUAGAUUAGACACUGAUAAUAAGUUGUAAGUCAAGUCUUUGGCUAAGAACACAUCUGAAAUUUUAAUGUUCCUUAUCUCUCCAUUCACACAGAACUCUACUCUUAUAUCUCCCUUUGCAUAUGCCAUUAAAUAACUAUCAUUUAUAGCAAUAUGAAUCUUUGUUGGAACAGGCAACUCAUAUCUGUUUAUCACAUAUGUAUCUUCCUUAACUAGAUGAUCCAUAGCUCCAGAGUCUAAUACCUAUGUUAAAUUGUGGUUUGCACUUAAAUACACUUCACCAUUAUCAGUCCUAGCAACAAAUGUGUAGGGAUUGCCAGCCUGUGCUUCACUCGAGACCUUUUCUGUACACUGAGCACUUCCUUCUUGAGUCCUCCAAUUUGGAUGGGGUUUAAUUCCAUUCUGGUGACUUCCAUCGAGCCGUUGUCCCACAUAAUUACUUCCAUUGUUGUGCCUGCCAUGUUGAUUUCCACUAUGGUUACCUCCACGAUAAUUACCACUGUACUGAACUGGUUUCCUGCAAUUACUUCUUUUAUGUCCUCUAAUCCUACAAUUAUGACAAUUGAAUGAAAAAGGUGAUGCCACUUCCUCCUCCUUCCACUUUGAUUGCUGAUAGUUCUUGUGAGAGUUCAAUGCGGGAACUGUAUCAGUGUUCAAUUUUGGUUUCAUAACACCCCUUUUGUUCAUUCUUUUCAUCUCCUCUUCUAAUAAUUGACCCUUCACCAUGGCAAGUUUUUUACUUUUUUCUGGUAAUGUUGUCAAUGCUGUUAUUAUUAUUUCAUAUUCAGCAGACAUGCUGAGAUACAAGUGGCAUACUUUGUCUGUUUCACCCGUAAUACAACCAGUCCCUUCCAAUUCUCGUAUUAUUUUGUCAAAUUUAAAAAAAUGUUCACUUAGUGUCUGUAAAGAUGGUUCAUGCUUCAAAUUUAAUAACUCUGUCUUCAGCAUUACUCUACUAGUCAUACCUUUCGUCUCAAAAACAUCUUGUAGACUUUUCCAGACAUCUUAAGCAGUCUCCUGUCCUUUCACAUAUUCCAAUUGGGCAUCUUGUAUUCAUUGUACUAUUCUACUUUUACACUUCUUAUCAUUCCGAAUUAAUCCAUUCCUUGCUGUUCGCACAGCGGCUUCAGCAGCAGCUUCC